ACUCUAGCAGCCAAUUGCCUCUUUUCCCUUUGGCCUCGCUCGCCCCGGUCCUUAAGUGGGCCCGCCUCCAUCCUGUUGUGUGAUUGGUUCAACUUUACCGGCGCAGAGCCCUAAUUGGCUACACUCGGCACACCGGCGAUGUCAGUAAGCCGUGCUGGUGAUGGAGGGAGCGUUGCUGAAAUGGACCAACUACCUUUCAGGUUGGCAGCCACGAUACUUUGUGCUGGAGAAUGGCAUCCUUUCGUAUUAUGACUCACAGGAUGAUGUGGGCAAGGGAAGCAAAGGUAGCAUCAAGAUGGCUGUGUGUGAGAUCAAAGUGCACACUACUGACCCCACUCGUAUGGAACUGGUCAUCCCAGGUGAACAGUACUUCUACCUGAAGGCAGGAGGGGCUGCCGAAAGACAGAAAUGGCUGGUGGCCCUGGGCAGCUCCAAGGCCUGCCUUGGAGACAGCAGAAGCCAGAAAGAGAAAGACCUGGACCUAAGCCACGAGUCUUUGGGGAGGAAGCUGUCCGAACUGCGGCUAUACUGUGAUGUGCUGACACAGCAGGUCCUGGCUGUGCAGGAGGCAACGCAUCCCCAAGACAAUGGCUCUCCGCUUGACAUUCAGAAGAUGAAUGAAGCCUCAUCCUUGCUGCGGGCUACCUGCAGCCAGUUCAUCUCCACGCUAGAAGAAUGCAUGAAAUUUGCCAAUACCCGCUUGGCUCCCGAACUCUACCAUCCUUCGGUCCCCCAGCCUUCUGAUUUUGUGGGCACCAAACUCCCACAUUCUCAUCGGGUAAGGCGUUCAAUGAGCCACACGGGUGUCGUCUCCACAGACAGAGCUUUGAAGUCGGUUCGGAUCCCUCCCAGGGGCACCGUGACAGUUCUGCGCAACCUGGAGGAGAUGGUGAUGCUCCGCUCACAGCAGUGGGGGCAGCAGAACUGCCGGUCAGAAAGCCCUACCGGCACCGUCGUUGAAGAAGCAGCUGAUGCCCCAUCACCGGCGCAAGACUCUCCAGUGGAUUCAGCCGGCAAAGACCAGCGACUGUAACCUGGACUCUGGUGCCACUUCAGCUGUUUCUGGACUGUUUGGAGCUGUCCUUACUGCUAGCUAGCUAGCUAGAACAAUUGGCCCCAGGUUCCUUCCUCUAGUUUAGGACCAGCCUGGGCCUAGAGGGCAUGUGGCCGAAUGCAUUCUGCAAGGUUGGCAGGCCUGAUGGGCAAGGAGUAGGUGCCAAGAUCUGUUCCGUUCCUCUGUCUUGUGGUUACCAGGUGUUCUUCGUUGCCGGGUUUGUUGCCAGGUGUCUCCAGGCAAUUCCCCCAGCGAGAAGGGUUAGAUUGAGGCCAGAGGUUAGAGUAGUGGCUGAACUCUGUGUUGGAUGGGUUGGCAAAGGUGAGGUGGCCUUGGGGAGAAGCAGUGGAUGCUCAGAAGGGAACUUCUGGCCAAGUUGGCCAAUGUUCCUGCCGUGGCCGUCCAGCAUCCUUGUGCUUUCGCUAGUCGUUCUUUCAGGCUCCGGGUGGCUUGUGGUCCGGGCUACCUUCAGGCCACCUCCUCAGGCUAAGAUCCAUCUUAGUGCUGCUGUCCUCCUUGCUGAUUUGGGAGGUGCUUUACUGGUGACUGGAAGGGCCAGAUUUUCAGACAGGAAGUUCCUUUCAUUCUUUUCCUUCAACAAGGAUGGCCUCGCUGUGUACAUUCUUCCUUCUCCUGAAAGCUCCUCUUCUCUUCUACACCCCCUGCCCAGUCAGCUUUGUUAUGGAGGUUGUAGUGCAGGACCUAGGGUUCCUGCUUCGUUGUCCUUGCUUCUCUUUAGCCCUGUGCUGAGGCAGUGCAUAGCCAAUGCUCGAUUUAGAAAGAGACAUCUCUCUGGACAUCUGGCCUCCACAGCAACAUUUGGUUCCUCCCACCUGCACAGCACAGAGGGCAGGGGGUCACACCCCACCCCAAACCAGAUAUGAAAUAAUUCCCCUCUCUCAACUUCUUCAGGUUUGUGUGAAUUUCUGUGUCUCGUGGCACUGUCUUUUAUUUUAUUUUUUUUCUACAGCAGCAUGGCGAGAUCUUGAGUGGUUGUGUGUGUCUCUCUCUCUCUCUGGAGCCCAUUCAUGCAGAGAGAUCUCUGCCAAAGAUCAGACUCUAAUUUUGAAUGAAGACUCUAAUUUUGAAACAAA